GGUUCAGGGAGCCGAGAAUUCUGAAAGCUGGACACGUGGUAGCGAACGGUGAGGAGCUUAAGGGGUCUCAAGCCCCCAAAAGUUGGGAGGUUUGCAGAUUCUCCCAAAUCGUGUGAGCCUCACCGCAUCUCAGAGAGAAGUGUCUCCUUUCGACCGGGCUCUGCUUAAAGGACCUGGAGGAACCCCUUAGGAUGAAGCUAAGUCUUACCAAGGUGGUUAAUGGCUGUCGCCUAGGAAAAAUAAAAAACGUAGGCAAAACAGGAGACUGCACCAUGGACAUUCCAGGCUGCCUUCUGUACACCAAGACUGGCUCUGCCCCACACCUGACCCAUCACACACUGCAUAAAAUCCACGGGGUUCCUGCCAUGGCUCAGCUUACACUGUCAUCACUGGCAGAAUAUCAUGAAGUCUUGGCAGAAUAUAAGGAAGGAGUUGGAAAGUUUAUAGGCAUGCCAGAAUCACUCUUGUACUGCUCCCUGCAUGAUCCAGUCAGCCCUUGCCCAGCUGGUUAUGUAACAAAUAAGUCAGUGUCUGUGUGGGGUGUUGGAGGACGAGUGGAAAUGACUGCCUCCAAGUUCAUGGCAAUUCAGCAGGCCCUUCAGCCAGACUGGUUCCAGUGCCUUUCAGAUGGAGAGGCAACUUGUGAUGAAGCCACUUCCAUAAAGAGAGCCAGAAAGUCUGUUGACCGAUCGCUUCUAUUCCUGGAUAAUUGUCUGAAGCUACAGGAAGAGUCAGAGGUCCUCCGGAAAAGUGUGAUCAUUGGAGUGAUUGAAGGUGGAGAUGUGAUGGAGGAGAGGCUGAGGUCAGCACGAGAGACAGCCAAGCGGCCUGUAGGUGGCUUCCUUCUGGAUGGCUUUCAUGGGGCUCCAACAACCCUGGAGACUAGACUGCACUUGCUGUCAUCAGUCACUGCGGAGCUACCGGAGCACAAACCGAGGCUGAUCUGCGGUGUUAGCCAGCCAGAUGAGGUGCUCGAGUGUAUUGAAAGAGGAGUGGACUUAUUUGAGAGUUUUUUCCCUUAUCAAGCAACAGAGCGGGGAUGUGCCCUCACUUUCAGCUUUGAUUGCCAGCCGAUUCCUGAAGAGACAUUAUUGCAACAAAAUGGGACACAGGAAGAAGUAAAAUAUGUGGAUCAAACAAAGAAAAGUAAAACAACUAGCUGCAACCAAGAAAUGACAUCAUUUGAAAUUAAUCUGAAGGAAAAAAAGUACCAGGAGGACUUUGAUCCGCUCGUGAGAGGGUGUCCCUGUUACUGCUGUAAGAAUCACACUCGUGCAUACAUCCACCAUCUGCUGGUGACCAACGAGCUGUUGGCUGGUGUCCUGCUUAUGAUGCACAACUUUGAACACUACUUUGGAUUUUUCCAGGCCAUCCGGGAAGCACUAAAAAGUGACCGACUGGCACAGUUGAAAGAGCUCAUCCACAGGCAAGCAUCUUGAGACCUGGUACGCAUAACCUGACUCUUCACAUUGAGCCUGCACCACGGUUGUAAUGUGGGAAGAAGACAGCAGGAAGUGAUCUUCACUUUAAUCACUUAUAUUUGAGAAUGAAGUCUACUCAAAUAAGGAACAUCUGUACUGUACUCUGCCCACCUGAGGCUAAAGAGACUUCUUCUUACGACUGAAAUGACCUAGAAUGACCUAGAUUGAUCAGAAAGAAUUGAAACCUGACCUUGAAUAUUUCUGCGCUAACUCUUUUAGUCAACGGAGAUUCGUUUAGUCAAAGAUAAAAGCUUUAGAUGUGAAGGGACAGCCUUGACGUGGGGAUGAUGAGAAUCUGAGGGUUCCCUGAGUUGGAUUAGAGCUUGAAGGGAGUUGACUGGUCAUGAGUGACCUCUGUGGACACAUGCCUGUUGACCAAGAAGGAAUUUGUCUGAUUCAAGAGUUUUCUUCAUUUUAAUCCUUAUAUUCUCAGGGGUCUCUUUUGGACACUUGUGCCUUCCAGGCUGUCCUGGCAGUGCAAUCAACCAGAAAUGACUCUUGUGAUCUAACCAGGCUCACAUCUCCACGGAAUGUGGAGCUCACACAUUGCUCCAAUGACCAGUUGGCCCAGGGCACACUCUUUGUUUGACCAUAUGGUCUUUCUGUGACUUGUCUCACUAGAGUCAGCGCAGUUGCUUAUUAGGAGCUGAAAGUUUGCCUAGCUGCUUUCAUCUGGUCAUACAGAUCCACUGUGGUCUGCCUUUUAAGCUCAUUAAGAGUCGAACCACAUAAUAACUGGAGCUACAUCACCUGGGGAGAUUCAGUCACCGUGUGUUCACUUGGACAGAGCCCUGGCCUGCCAGUUAGAGGAUUGGGUUUCAGUUCUACUCAACUAUGACACUUGGGCAAAUCACUUAACCUCUCCAUGCCUGUUUCCUCCUGAAUAAAUGGGGACAGGCAAAGUGAAUAGUACUAAAUGAAUUUCUAAGGUUCCAUCUAGCUCUAAUAUUUGGGGAGCAAGAAGUUUUAAAUUGGAACCAUAGCUUUAUGUGUAUUCUUGUUUAUUGAUCACUAUUGGCCUGAUAAAAAAUGCGGUGGUGCCAGGAGUCAGGCAACAGUAGAGAUAUUUGAGAGCCUAAAAAGGUUUAGCCUGUGGAUUUUAAAGUGGUUGGUAAAUUGGCAUCAGCAGGUCCUGAGGCUGGGAAGACCUUCGCUGAUCACCUCUGAUUCUCUGAAUUUUUUUCUGCUCUUGUCAAAGGAAUGACAUUCAUGUUGAUGGUGUGACAAGUGAUUUUUAUUCUCUUUGUGCUUUUCUAUAUUUGUCAAGUUUUCUAUAAGAAUACACAUACAUGCACGUUUCACACAUAGUUUUUAUAAAAACAGCAGAACCAAAAAGAUGCCUUUGUUUUGUCUGCAGGGGUAUAAAAUAUAUUUGUUUUACAUUCUUGUGCUACAUUUUUCUAUUUGUUCAUUUUAGUGGGCAUUACUGAACAUUGUUUUUAAUUAUUAUGUGGUUACUAUAUUUUUAUAUGUAGGGUACCCAUCUAUACUGUUUUCUUUUAUUAGUGGUUUAAGAACGUCCAUGAAUUCCAAAGCUCAUGAAUUCCAGAAUUCAUGGAUAUUCUUACAACCUCUCCUCCAAUUAAUGGCAAGGAUACUUAUGAAAGACAAAGUUUCUGUUCUCAAGAAUCUGCUUGUUUUGGGCUUCCCUGGUGACGCAGUGAUUAAGAAUCCGCCUGCCAGUGCAGGGGACAUGGGUUCGAGCCCUGGUCCGGAAAGAUCCCACAUGCCACGGAGCAACUAAGCACAUGCACCACAACUACUGAGCCUGCGUGCUGCAACUACUGAAGCCCACACACCGAGAGCCUGUGCUCCUCAACAAGAGAAGCCAUCGCAGUGAGAAGCCUGUGCACCUCAAUGAAGAGUGGCCUCCGCUCAACGCAAUUAGAGAAAGCCUGCGUGCAGCAACGAAGACCCAGUGCAGCCAAAAAUAAAUAAAUAAAAUAAAUUUAUUUAAAAAAAGAAGAAUCUGCUUGUUUUGAAAUAUAUUGGAUUGGAGUUGUUCAUAUGUUUAUAACUCCUGUUCAAUGCCAAACCCAUUGUGGGAGGAGUAUUAAUAAAUAUCCCAGAAUCCAUAUAAAAUUUAUGAGUUUUAUUUGUGUUCAAAACCGAAAAUUCUGUCCAACUUUGUCCAUUUUUAUGGGUCUUUUUCUUAUUAGCACAUUUGAAAAAAAUGUUCCUUUCCUUUAAUGUAAAUCUAUUAAGGUCAA